GGGUGCCGUACGAAGGAGCCCACACUCAGGAGGCCUUUGGUUGGAAAUCUGUGCAUCAGCUCAGCUGUUUUCUGUCACUGGAAGUUAAAUAUUUAUUUGUUCCUUGUCCGUCUUUUUCCUAACGCUGGAAUGACUCAGACCUCUUCUUCAUWAUCAGCCUGUAUAACUGGGUAGUCCAGAUUUCCCCGACCUCUUCCGCCCUUCUCUAAUCCCAGUCUCAGUCAUCUCUGUCCCUCCUGUUUGUUUGUCGACGCUGGUUUCCCCCGAACACAUCAGGACACGGAGUUUUAAAAAAAUGUCCUGGACGUAUGCAACCCUCCUGGCUCUCCUUGCAGUGCUGCUUGCACUGAGCUUGUCUCCAGAGACAGCCGAAUCUGCAGCUGUGGAUAGCAGCACGAGAAAUGCAAAAAGUCCAGCAGGUCAGCUGAGGAGGAUCUUCAUGAAAGAAGCUGAUGCCUCCAACUUCUUCAGGAAGCGCACCAGGCGAGCUGUGAAAUCCACGGACGAGAUCAAUGGUGAGUUUGGUGCAAAGUGUCUGGUCAGAGAGGCGGAGGCGUAUCGCUGCAUGUGGAUACGCUAAGGUGGUCACUGUGGGAAUCUGUG